AUGGCAAAGCAGCGAGGGGCCAGCAAGCCUGUGCCGGCCGCAGGUCAUGACGGUUCGGACGACGACGCGUACCCAUCCCCGCCCAAGAGGCUCGGCCGAGGCAGCAGCGUCCGAGGCUCCAACCUCUCCACAACAGCCGCCGCAGCUGCGGUCGCAGCGGUAGCGGCGGCGGCGGGCGCGGGCGCGGGGAUGGUGGGGGGCGGCGGAGGGGGCCCCGCGGGGAUGGAGGGCGUGGAGGAGGGGGGCGCGGGGGGCGGCGGGUGGGAGGCCAUGCUGCAGCAGCUGGAGCGCGACUCGUAUCUCGCCGUGCUCCGCGCGUUCGGCGCGCAGUCCGAAGCGAUCACCUGGGCGAAGGAGGCGCUGAUGUCGGAUCUGCGCAAGGAGCUCAACAUUUCAGACGACGUGCACCGCCUGCUGCUCGCGCGCGUGCAUGAUGACAAGAAUAUUCGCCUCAUCUGCAAUUGGAAGACGGCGAGGGACGCGGGGGCAUAUGUGCACCACCCGCCUCCCCCUCCCCCCGCGCCCGCGCCUCCCCCAGUUGCGCCCGCCCCCGAGCUCAUCCCCCCAGCCUCCUCCCGCAAGCGGCCAAAAAUGGCCGCCCUUUCUGGCGCGCCGUUGGGGAAGGGCGUGGGGGCGGUGGGGGGGGUUGGGGGAGUGGGGGCGGGCGUGGGCGCCCCGUUUGCAGUGACAUCUGUUGAAGCUGUUGGGUCGGGGCGGAGAGGGGGGAAGGGGAAGGGCCGACGCGGACGAUGGUCCGCGGGUGCGCCGGGGGGAGCAGGGCGGGGGGCAGGGGCGGGAGGAUUGGCAGCAGCACCAGGGGCACUGGGGGGGAUAGCCAUAGACCCGCUCAUAGGCCGGCGGGUGAAGACGCGGUGGGUCGAGGAGGGAGGCGGGUCGCGAUUCUAUGAGGCGGUGAUCACGGACGUGCGGCCAGAGGAUGGCAUGUACUCGCUGGUGUACGAAUUGAACACACCGAACGAGAGCUUCGAAUGGGUCGACCUGAAUAUGGUGAGGAGUAGGGGGGGGUGGGUGGGAAUGGAAUGGACUAAGGCGGGUGAGAACUGCUUCACUGCUGGCUGUACUGCUGCUGUACUGAGGAGGGGAGUGGGGUGGGUGGGAAUGGAAUGGACUAAGGCGGGUGAGAACUGCUUCACUGCUGGCUGUACUGCUGCUGUACUGAGGAGGGGAGUGGGGUGGGUGGGAAUGGAAUGGACUAAGGCGGGUGAGAACUGCUUCACUGCUGGCUGUACUGCUGCUGUACUGAGGAGGGGAGUGGGGUGGGUGGGAAUGGAAUGGACUAAGGCGGGUGAGAACUGCUUCACUGCUGGCUGUACUGCUGCUGUACUGAGGAGGGGAGUGGGGUGGGUGGGAAUGGAAUGGACUAAGGCGGGCCGCCUGGAAGAUGGUAUGUACUCGCUGGUGUAUGAGCUCAACACGCCAAAUGAGAGCUUCGAAUGGGUCGACCUGAAUAUGAUUCAAAACCGACUCUCUGCCUCUCCCACUUCUCCUCUCACCCCCCUUCAGAUUCCAAAGGAGGACAUCAUAUGGAUUCCAAAAGAGGACAUCAUAUGGGUGGAGGGCCCCCCAAUUCCAAAGGAGGACAUCAUAUGGGUCGAGGGCCCCCCAGUACCCGACUUAACUGCACUCCUGCCCCCCCUCUCCCCACCUGCCCUGCACCUCUUCUCACCCCUUCAGAUCCCGAAAGAAGACAUCAUAUGGGUCGAGGGCCCCCCAGUACUCGAUUUUAUCCGCCCACCCGCCCUCCCCCUAGCCGCCACCGCCGCUGCUGCUACCGCCCCUGCUGCUGCCCCCGCUGCUCUUAUGGCUGCUGGGGUGGAUAAAGACGGCAAGAAGGCAGCAGCAGCAGCAGCGGCAGCAACAGCGGCAGCAGCCGCAGCACGAAUGGCCAUGGCUGUCCCUCCUGCCGCUGCACCACGUGCACUGGGGAAAACUGGACCUGCUGCUGCCGCUGCCGGCGCUGCAGGAGGGGCAGGGGCAGGAGGGGGGGCGGGGGUGGGAGCAGGGGGAGGGGCUGGCGCGAGCUACUAUGGGAAUGUUGUGGGGGUGACGGCAGGAGGUGGGCCUGGAAAGGGGGGGGAAGGGGAGGGAGGAGAGGGGGUGGCGGGGUGGUUGAGGCGAGUGGCGAGCCUGCCGCCCCUAGUGGAGAUACUCAAGCUGGGGAAUGUGGAAGACGAGGAUAAUCUAGCCAAGCUUGCAGAUGCCAAGAGGCUGAUCAAGGAGCGGGAGAAUGAGCUGCGAAGGGCACUGGCGAUACUAGGAGAGGACAGUGAGGAGGACGAGGAGGAGGAGGGGAAAGAGAGGGGAGGAGGGGUGAGGGAGGAGAAGGGUGGCAUUAUCAAACGAGGCUCUUCCAAGCAGUCAGUCUCCCCUUCUGCUUCUGAACCCUCCACAGCCAGUGGCCAGGGCAGAGAGGGGGCAGCAAGGGGAGGGGGAGGAGGAGAGGGAAGAGGGGGAGGUAGUGGAGGAGGAAGGGGAGGGGAAGAAGCAGGAGGUAAGAGGGGAACAGGAGCAGGGGAAGAGGGAGGUGGGCGGUCUCAAUUGUCUUCUAGCAGCCAGUCCUCUGAUGAGGAUGAUGAUGUCAGCAAGGGGCGCAGUGACGACGAUGAUGACGUCAGCAAAGGCCGGCGCAGCGGUGCAAGUGGCAGGGGAAGCCCGGGCAGGAAAGUAAAUAGCCUGAGAGGUGGGCCGGGCAGCCCGAGGGGCAGAAAAAGCCCAAGAGGGAGGCAGGAGAGUGAUGGGAGUGGGAGGAGCGGGGAGAAUAGUGAAGGGAGUGAGAGGCCGAGAGGAAGGAGCAGGGAAAGGAGUGUUGAUAGUGGGAAGAGUGGGGAGAGGCGGAGUGUGGAUAGUGGGAGGAGUGGGGGGCGAGGGGAUAGGAGUGAUGAUGACGAGAAGGGGAGGGGCAGGAGGGAGGUGAAGGGAGAAGGCGAGGAGGGCGGAAGGAAGGCAGCAGCAGGUGGGGCUGCAACAAGGGGUGACAGUAGAGAGAGCAGCGAAAGGAAGAGAGGAGAGAGAGGCGGGAGUGUGAGCAGCAACAGCGGCAGCCCGAAACGAGCCAGAUCCGGAGGAGAUAGGGGGACCGAUCAGGACAGGAGUGCAGCAGCGAACAGGGAAGGUGGGGCGAGGGGUGGAGAGAAGAAGGCACGGUCCGAAGCUAGUGGAGGGAGGUCGGGAGGGGGGGAAGAUGAGGAGGACGAAGUUGAUAUAGACAGGGAUGAGGGCACAAGCAGAGGGUCCCCCGCAGCAUCAAGAGGGGACUCGAAGGAAGAAUCCAAAGGAGAGUUUAAAGGGUCCAGAGGGGGCUUUAAGGGGGGUUCUGGAGCAGGUUCGGGGGGUCCGUUUGGCAGUCGUUCUCGCAGUCGCUCCCCUGCUCGCUCCGAUGGCGGGUCCUCGUCAGACGAGUCCAAGUAG